CACCCCCCAAUAACACUCGGAAUAUACUCGACUCCCUCGACCUCCGCUCCUCCAUGCCCCGUCCCAUACACAUACACACGUAUACACACACAUACAAACACACACACAAACACGCAUACGCACACGUACAAACCCUCGCUCCUGCACUUGACUGCAUCCAGCCCGCCGCCCGUGAAUGUAACUCCCACACCCCCGACAUGGCAGCCACACUGGACAACCACCCACCCACACACCCGCCAGAAAUGCGCCCUACCGCCAUGACCCUCGACACGCCUGGCAUGCCCAACUCCAAGACGAUCAACACCACCGUCGACCUCAUGUCGCCCGUCAACCAGAACGGCUGCUUCGAGUUUGACCGCAUCAUCAAGGCCGGCACUGUGGUGAAGCGCACGCGCAAGACAAAGUCAUGGAAGCCCGUCUACCUUGUCCUGCGCCCAAACUGCCUCUCCAUCUACAAGGACAAGGACGAGACCAAGCUGCGCCAUCAGAUCAACCUCGCCGAGAUCACCGCCGUCGCCCGCCAGCGAGACUCGAAGAAGAAGAUGGACCACGUCUUUGGCAUCUUCUCCCCUGCCCGCAACUACCACCUCGGCGCCUCGACAGACAAGGCCGCCCAGGAAUGGGUCCACCUCAUCCGCACAGAGGCUCGCAUUGGCGUCGAGGAUGAGGCCGACAUGGCCGUCCUGAGCCCAGCUCCUGACAAGGUCACUUUUGCUGCUUCUGCCUCGGCCAAUCGGGAAAAUGUCGUCUCUAGCUCCUCCGAGACUGAACCGCGACCCUCGAGUUCCAUGGUGCCUGAGCACAUGCACAGCGCCCGCCGACCCUCGCAGGCUCUCAACUACUCGGGCGGCGAGUAUGGCUCCAUCUCCGACUUUGACUUUUCCGACACAAAUCAGGCCUCGUCCAACCCGCUGCCCCGACAGAUCACACAGGAUAAGCGCAGUCUCAGCCAGCACAGCAAUAUUGGCGCCACACCCGGCGACGAGCGCGUCGUCUACCACGGCUGGCUGUACAUCCUCAAGUCAAAGGGCGGCGUGCGCCAAUGGAAAAAGAUCUGGGUCGUCCUCCGUCCAAAAUGCCUUGCCUUUUACAAGAACGACGGGGAAUACUCUGCCACGCACAUCAUACCUUUUACAAGCAUCAUCGACGCCGUCGACAUUGACCCCCUCUCGCGCAGCAAGCAACACUGCAUGCAAGUCAUAUGCGAGGAGAAGAACUACAAGUUCUGUGCAUCCGACGACGAUUCGCUCGCAAGGUGGCUCGGAGCAUUCAAAAGCCUGCUUGUUAAAAAGGAUGCGCAGCAGAUGCGCAUGCCCCCGUCAGCCACCAACUCGGCAAACACACAACCGCCACCUGUGCCAGCAUCCAUACCACAACCUGCAACUGCCACUGCCACUGCCACUGCCGCGUGACCACCGCCCCACCCCUUCUUCACCACUGACCCCUCCUUGAAGAUACAGGCACAAUGUACAUAUGCUGGCACCGUCCAUAACCGCUAAUAGCGACAGCACUUCUGCACCAUCUCCUCGACCAAAACGAUACCAUCAUGAUUUACGAUCGCAACCGUUAGCACCGCUGCCUAGAUGGCGCGCUCCGUUCGAUACUAGUUGGAUAACCCCCUCUGCUUGAUACUGCACAUCACAGCACGUCUCAGUCUCUCUCACAUACACAUCUUUUGUUUCCUUUUGUCCUUGUAGUAAGCUUGUGCAAAUAUAUCGCUGUACACUAGUAGUGUUUUUGUAAUAUCCAACACGCCCUUGAGCUGGGCUUGAAUCUUAUUCCUUUGUUAGGUCA